ACACUAUUCUAAAUAUGGAAGCAUUACUCUGCUGUUGUUUCUCUUUUCAGAGAAAUGCGGAAAUUGGGCAUCCCAAUUAAUGUAUUCAUCUUGAAUAUUGUGAUUAACAGUUAUUGCUUGAUGCAUCGUGCUGAUUGUGCAUUUUCGGUGUUACCCAUUUACUUAAAGAAUGGCAUUCCAUUUAGUGUUGUCACCUUUAACACCCUAAUAAGGGGAAUCUUUGCUGAAAAUAAGGUCAAGGAUGCAGUGGAAUUGUUUAAAAAAUUGGUCAGAGAGAAGAUUUGUGAGCCCGAUGAAGUCACGUAUGCAAUCGUCAUGAAUGGGCUCAGCAAAAGAGGGCAUACUCAAAAAACUUUUAGUUUGCUCCGCUUAAUGGAGCAAGGGAAGACUAAGCCUGACAUGUACAUCUACAACAUUGUAAUAGAUGCCCUUUGUAAAGAUGGAAACUUAGAUGUUGCUAUCAACCUUUUGGACGAGAUGAAGCGGAAAGGCAUUCCUCCAGACAUAGUCACUUAUAGUUCAUUAAUUGAUGGUUUGUGUAAGCUUGGUCAGUGGGAGAAUGUUAGGAUUUUGUUCUCUGACAUGGUAAGUCUUAAAAUUUAUCCAAAUGUGCGGACCUUUACCAUGAUGAUUGACGGACUAUGCAAAGAAGGAAAAAUUGAAGAUGCUGAGGAAGUAAUGAGACACAUGACCGAUAAAGGUGUAGAGCCUAAUAUAAUCACCUACAGUGCGAUAAUGGAUGGAUAUUGUUUACGUGGUCAACUGGAUAGAGCGAGGAGAGUUUUUGAUUUCAUGAUAGAUAAGUUUAUUGAGCCCAGCAUUAUUAGUUAUAACAUAUUAAUAAAUGGAUACUGUAAGAAAAAGAAAGUGGAUGAGGCCAUGAAAUUGUUUCAUGAAAUUUCUCAAAAGGGAUUAAAACCUAAUGUUGUUACGUACAAUACUAUCUUGCAAGGUCUUUUUGAAGUUGGAAGAAUAGGAGAUGCAAAAGAAUUAUUUGCUGAGAUGCUAUCUACAGAGCCGGUACCUGAUUUAUACACUCAUCGCACUUUGCUCAAUGGUUAUUUUAAGUACGGACUUGUUGAAGAAGCUAUGUCACUCUUUCAUAAGUUGGAAAGAAAGAGAGAAAAUACUAAUAUUAUAUUUUACAAUAUCAUCAUUAGUGGAUUGUGCAAAAAUGGUAAACUCGACAAAGCUCGUGCUAUUUUUGAGAAGCUUUUCUUAAUUGGAUUGCUUCCGAAUACAAGAACAUACAAUAUAAUGAUAAAGGGAUUUUGUCUUGAAGGGUUGUUCGAUGAAGCUAAAGAUAUGCUAAGAAAAAUGGAAGACAACGGUUGUUUGUCAGACAAUUUCACUUACAAUGCGUUUGUGCAAGGAUUUCUCGGUUGUAGCAAAAUUAGUGAGAUGAAAACCUUUAUGAAGGAAAUGACUGGAAGGGGCUUCUCAUUUGAUGCAACUACAGCUGAGUUAUUGGUAAAUGUUAUAGGGGAGAGUCCUUGCGUCCUUGACAUGAUACCAGAGCUUCACGCGGAAAAUAAGAAGUGAAUAUUUCUUUAGUUUGGUUUAUUUGGUUAGUAUAACAACAACAACAUACCCAGUGUAAUCCCACUAUCCCUGUGAUACAUUUUCCUUUUUAUCCUUAAAAGAAAUUGCAUCCAAUGCAAUUGCAGAACCUGACGGCAAUUAGAACGUUGCUUGAGCUUUCCUGGAGGUUUAUUUAGGAGGGAACAUGUACCAUUUAUUGUUUGGCAUCAUGGAAAAUUAUGGAGGGCUGCUAGGCAUACUCACAAUCUUAAGGAGGUGAUUAUUGGUGUGGGGGGUCGCAAAGAACCUUAGUCUUGGAGGUUCUAGGAUAUACCAAGAGUUACUGGCAAAGGAACUUGCUCAUUGCCAUUCUCCCCUGGAUGGUCUUGUAUCUCUCUUGCGAAUCCUCUGUAUUCACAUACCUCUGAUUCAUAUUUUUAUAAUUUGGAAAAGUGGUUCUUUUCAAAUGGAUGGAUGGUUAAAGUGGACUUUAGGAACUAUAAUUCAAAUUAUUAAUUAUAGGUGUCUCUAUGUUAAGGAGGAAGGGUCACUUAGAGAUCAUUCAACAAACAGAUCUGUUUUGGUUGCAUUUGGAAUUACAAUUGCCUGUGUUGGUUAUUUACGUGCAUUAUUUUAUGUGUAGGAUUGCUCUAAAAGUUUCAGGUGAUCUAAGAAAGUGUUCUUAUACUUGUGUUAUCAAUUCUCGGAUCAACUUACAUUGGUUUCACAGAGUUGAUGUAUUCUUCUAGAUCAUAUGGAGAAGGCUUUAAUGGAAGGUGGUGUUUCUGGUUCCUUGUUGUUGAUAGCAUUGCUGGAAGGUGCUGAUUGUGUUGUUAUUCAAGUGCCAGCAGCUGAGGAGAGUAUUGAAAGGAAAAAGGCAUUUCAAAAAGGCGAACAUGAGGGUAUGAAGCUGCUUGAACUUCUCGGAGUGCAAGUCCUAAAAGUAAAUGGAGAAUGUGAAGUACUUGUUGCACAGUUGACUAGAGAAGGACAGAUUGAUGUUUGUAUUAAUGUUGAAGGUGAUUCAAUUCCCUUCGGAAUCAGAAGCAUUAUUAAAUGUACCCAAUCUAACUCCGUAGAGGCAGUUGAAUAUUAUCACAUGUUAGAAAUUGAGUCUGGUCUUGAGUUGAGGAGGAAACACAUGACAGUAAUUUCAUUUUUGGUGGGAAAUGGCCACAACUUGACUAUUGUGACAUUUGAAAUAGAAAAACCUUCUUUGAAUGAUAGAACAAAGAUAUCUUUUGAAGAUAGCAUUUACAUUGAUCAAUUUACUAGCUUGUAUGAGGAAAUGGGAUACACUGGUUCAGACAUUUGGAAGU